AUGAAUCUUCUACCUAAAACUCAUAAAGAAUUUAGUGAUAAGGACUACUGGAAUAAGUUUUUUAAAAAACGUGGCAAUAAAGCAUUCGAAUGGUACGGUGAAUAUAUAGAACUAUGUGAGCACUUGCACAAAUAUAUAAAACAAAAAGACGCAAUUCUCAUUGCGGGUUGUGGAAAUUCCAGCCUUAGUGCUGAUCUCUACGACAUUGGAUUUUCUAACAUUACCAAUAUAGAUGUGUCCGAGGUUGUGAUUAAGCAAAUGAAAGCAGCAAACUUAGAACGAACCAACAUGAAGUUUCUUCUUAUGGAUGCACUAAACAUGACAUUUGCUAAUGACGAGUUCAAUGUGGUUCUUGAUAAGGGAACAUUAGAUGCUUUAAUGCCGGAUGAAUCGAAAGAAACUAUUGAAAGGGUGGACCAGUAUUUUGCUGAAAUAAAGAGGGUGCUAAAACUUGGUGGUCGUUAUUUAUGUAUUUCAUUGCUGCAAAAACACAUUCUGAAUAAAUUACUUAAAGAAUUUUGUGACAAAUCAUGGAUGUUCCGUGUUGUGAGAUGCCAUGAGGCAGAGGAAAAGAAUAUAGAGAAUGGCGAUGGGAAUACAUUGCCUGUAUUCUUUAUAGUAGCUACUAAGUUUAAAGAAAUGCCAAAAUUGAUUCUGGAAAUAUGCUUGGCCGGUGAUAAAAUGGUCAGACUUGACACUCCUCAAGAGUUACAGGACUGUAUCAGGUCAGUUCAAGACACGGCGUUUGUUACUAAUGGACUUACUAAGACAACUUUGGAUGAAAAUGAUGAGGUAGCUAUGGAUCUGAUGCAGCCGGGUGAGGAGAGUCCACGCUACACUUUGUAUAUUGUUGAUCAAAAACGAGCACAGUCCAUUAAUAAGUAUGCCAUCUUCAUUGUGCCGCAGGGCAGAGAGUCGGAGUGGCUGUUCGGCACACCAGCGGGAAGAAGACAACUGCAGGACUCCGCUAGGUUUGGACGCUUGGUGGUAGCAGUGUUGAGAAGAGGUCACCUGUUCCAGAGCCUCGACGCCGUGAAGGAAGAAUUGGCACAUUCAGCGAAAAUGCUUGCCCCGUACGGAUUCUCUGGUCAGAUACCCUUCCUGUCGCUAGGCAGUGACGUAGGAAAACGCGUGAAAGUGUAUGAGGGCUCGUCCAAAGUGUCGGGUGACUUCGUGGUGGAAGAUGUGGACGUAGAAGGCUCCACGCACAGACGGCUCGUGUUCCUCGACAAUCAGUUCUUAGUGCAGUCCGAGGCUAAGCUGAAGACUAUUAAAAAGAAGAACAAAACAAAAACAGUAAUCGACUUUGGCUACAUAUCCAUGUACCAUUCGUUCAUGUGUGUUUGCGUUCAGCUCGGAAACACCGAUACUGCGAAGGUUGCUGUCCUGGGUCUCGGUGGUGGUAGUCUCUGCAUGUUCCUCAAGAAAUGCUUCGACAAGGUUCAGGUCACGGCCGUAGACUUGGACCCCGCCAUGCUGGACGUCGCCAAGAAACACUUCGAGUUGGAGACCGACGAGAGACUACAAGUUCAGAUUAAAGACGGCGUAGACUUUUUGAAGGAUGAGGCUAAGAGUGGUCAUCAGUAUGAUGCGGUGAUGUUCGAUAUGGACAGUAAGGACCGAACGCUGGGACUGUCAUGUCCUCCGCGGCAGUUCCUGGACGAGGAUGUGCUAGCUGAUGUCAAAACUAUACUUAGUAAUGAUGGCCACUUCAUCCUCAACUUGGUAUGUCGAGACACAAAAUUACAAGAAUCUAUAUUAGAAACCCUAAAGCGACAUUUCAAGCAUUUAAUAUCUGUGAAACUUUAUGAGGAAGUGAAUGAAAUCGUAUUUGCAACGAAUAGCAACAAAUUAUAUACAAUGGACAAUCUUGAGGCAGCAGUUAAGAGUUUGAAUGGAAUAGCGAGACAGAAGAACCUUGUGAAAAUCAAAUGUGUAGAUUUAAAAGACUUUUUGCAGUCAGUGACUAUCAUUUCAUAG